AUGGUAACAUUAAUGGAAAACCGUUGUGUAGCUGAACUCUUCGAAAGGGAUUUCUUGAAAAGUGUCUACGCUUUCAGGGCCAGCUUGGGGCGGGGGCGGCGGCGGCGGCGGCGGCGGCGGCGGCGGCUGCUGCUGCAUCCCUCGCGGGCCGGAGGGUGCCGGGGACGCCCGGGCACCAGGCACACUGCAGGCAACUCUGUCCGGCUGCUCCGGACCGCUGGGGUCCGCGUCCUGGCUCAUGGCUGCUGCCAGCACCAUGCGGGGCGAGACCAGCCCGGGAUCGCGGCGAGAGAGCUCACCGGUGGGGCGGUCCCGGGCCACGGGCGCUCACCGGCCGGGGUCCCCGUGCCCAGUCCCCUUGUCCUUCCCGGUGGUGCGGGGAGGAGACGCGAGGGGCGGGGAGGAGGCAGUCCCGGCGGCACCGCCUCCUCCUCCAGCCGCUCCAGCUUGUCCUGGCCAGCCACGCGGGGGCGGGGGUCAGGGGGCGUCUCCCGACCGGUGGGAGCUGCUUGGCGGCCGGGUGCUGCUGGGCGCCUAGGUGGACCCGGGAGCUCUGCCCGCCAACCCCGGGCGCAGCAAGCGGGGAGGGAGCGCGGCGUGCGCCACCCGCCACUGUGCACCCUGCUCCACGGCGCAGCACACCGCGGGAGGAAGGGGACACACGCAGCCCGCGGCCUGCCACCGCGCUCUCGCUCCACCCGGGAACACCGAGGCCUCCAGCUGUCCCCGGGGAUGGUGCGCGCGGCCUCUCGCACCUACUGCCCAAGCCCGGCGGACCGAGCGCGCCCGGGGUGUCUGUGCGCACCGCCAGUGCACAGUGCGCUCGGCCUGGAGCCCGGCCAGCGCCACUCGCGCCUGAGGGACCCGACCCCGAGGGGAAGAAAGCCUGGACUGGCCCCGAGGUUGGACUUGAAUUGUAACUCAGGUCUCAGAUGACCAGGCCCCGGGGCUCUCCAAAUUGGCAGCUCCAGCUGCUGAUUUCAGGGGGUCCCCGGAAGCAGCCAGUGGGGCCACCAUGCAUUUCUGGUUUCUUUUUCUUUUCACUUAAAAGACCCCGCCACGAUCCCACCAGCGCAAAGACAAAACCAAGCGUACGUUUUAUUCUUUUUUAUUGGCCAAAUCUCCGUGGAAAUGUAAAAGAUGAAAAGAGUUUGCCGAAAACGUACAGUCACCCUCACAGCCUCUGAAGCCCUCUUAAUUAUCCUGACGCCCGCGUGCGCCGGUCCACCUGCACUCACCGAUUCACAGCUGUGGACGCGAACAUCCUAACAUCCCGCGGCCUUUCAAGGCUGAGAGCCGCCCCACAAGGCGCAGCUUAACAUCCUGGCGCGUGGGUGCGAAUAUGCGAGGCACCUGACACAGCAGAAAUGUCUAGGGAGCUGAGCAAAGACCAGAAAAAGCAGCCGCCCGGUAGACCUCACCGGCUGUCUGCAGUAAAGGAGUUCUAAGUCGUGACGCCAGCAUCACCUGAGAGUGGAGAAAAGCGUGCCUUGGGUGCCUGGGAAACCACAGCGCAGGAUGCUCCACGGCCUGGAGGGGGGUUUGCUCAGGUCGCCACCCAGCUCACCUUCCUCCCGCAACCACGCGGAGGAAAAUUCUGAAGAUGGGUUCCCUGAGACCUGGCAACUACUUUGAAUUCCCUAGAAGACGCUUUCAUUUCUCCCCAAACUGUGAGUUUCCAGCCUCUGGAAACUACGCCUACGCCUCUGUUGAUUUCUGCCAUCAUUGUCUUUCUCUCUCCUUCCUUCUCUCUCCCUUUUUAAUCUUCCUCUCUCCCUCUUCUAAUAUAAAAUGACACUAUCAAUUCCUUGUAUACUUAAAGAUCAGUUUGCCACAGUUAGCAAAAUUCCGCCUUACCAAAACAAA